AUGUCAGAUUCAAACACAACUGACUUCACCAACCCCUCCACCUUCAUCCUGCUGGGCAUACCUGGGCAGGAGGCAGCCCAUGUCUGGAUCUCCAUCCCCUUCUGCACCAUGUACGCCAUAGCCAUCUUGGGGAACUUCACCAUCCUGUUCAUUGUGAAGAUGGAGCGGAGCCUCCAUGGGCCCAUGUACUAUUUCCUCUGCAUGCUGGCCAUCACCGACCUGCUCGUGUAUACAUCCACACUGCCCAAAAUGCUGGCAAUCUUCUGGUUCAAUUCCAGGGAGAUCGAUUUCAGUGCCUGCCUCACCCAGAUGUACUUCAUUCGCUGCUUCUCAUUGAUGGAGUCUGGGAUCCUCGUGGCCAUGGCUUUUGAUCGCUACGUGGACAUCUGCCAUCCCCUGAGACAUUCCACCAUCCUGACAAACCCCUUCGUAGCCAAGAUCGGCCUGGCCGUGGUGCUGCGUGGCGGAAUGGUCUCACUGCCCUAUCCCUUCCUGGUGAGGCAGUGGCCAUAUUGCACAACCAACAUCAUCCCCCAGCCGUUCUGCACACAUACAGCCGUAGUCAAGCUGGCCUGCGCUGACACCCGCGGCAAUAGUUACUAUGCCUUCUUUGUGCUUUUCUGUGUGUUGGGUCUGGAUGGGAUUUUUAUUGCCAUCUCCUAUACCCAGAUCCUCAGGGCCAUCUUCAGCCUCCCCAUAAAGGACGCCCGGCUCAAGACUUUUGGGACCUGCGGCUCCCACCUCUGUGUCAUUUUAGCAUCUUACAUCCCAGGUCUCUUCAUCUCCCUCAUGUACUGGUCUGGCCAGAAUGUGCCUGGGCAUAUCCACGUUCUCAUUGCCAACAUGUACAUCUUUAUGCCCCCCAUGCUAAACCCCAUCAUCUAUGGGGUAAGGACCAAACAGAUCUGGGACAGGCUGCUCCGGCUCUUUACUCAUAAAGGGGCCUAA